UUUAAUAACUCUUUUAGAAUCUGUUUCUUAUACCCAUCAGCCUACGUGGGAUGGUUGUCAGCAGUUGCUAAAUGUUUUGUUUACUACUGAAGAAAGGGAACGAAUAAAAACAGAGGCAAGGAAAGCUGUUCUGGGCAGGGACGGGGAACCAACCUCCGACCUAGCCCAGAUAGAGGAAGUGUUCCCCAGAACAAGACCAGAUUGGGACCCUAAUACCUCUGCAGGAGAUAGGAGCCUCACCCGAUACCGCUCAACUCUAUUAAAGGGUCUAAAAGGUGCGGGAAGAAAGCCUACCAACUUGUCUAAAGUCACUGAGGUUAAACAGGAGCCAAAGGAAAGCCCUACUGCCUUUCUUGAAAGGCUACAAGAGGCUUACCGAGUAUACACACCUAUAGACCCUAGCGCCCCAGCUAAUCAAGCAGCUCUAGUUAUGCAGUUUGUAGCUCAGUCAACUGAUAUUAGAAAGAAGUUGCAAAAGUUAGAAGGGUUUGAGGGCACGUCUCUCUCUGAGCUCCUGGCAGUGGCCCAAAAGGUUUUCGAUAACAGAGAAGACCCAGCUGAGGCAACCCGAGCUCUUACUCAGAAAAUGGCAAAGGUACUUUUGGCCACAGAAGCCGGGAGCCGUCGGCCCCGAAGCCUUCCUAGAAGGGGAGAUUUCAGCAAAAAGCAGCGAUGGCCCAACCAGCCAUGCCUUGGGAAAAAUCAGUGUGCUGUGUGCAAGGAAGAGGGGCACUGGAAAAACGAGUGCCCCAACCAAGGACAGAGAAAACCCAAAGAACCCUCCACCCCCUUUCUGGUGGAAGAGCUAGAGUGACGGGGCCGGGGUUCAGCACUCCCCCCUGAACCCAGGGUAACUCUCAUGGUGGGGAAAAAACCAAUUAAUUUCCUAGUGGACACUGGGGCAACUCAUUCAGUGCUCACCUCGCCCAUUGGCCCCCUCUCAAAGAACACAGCAAAAAUUGUUGGAGCCACAGGAAAGGUAAAAGCAUAUCCAUGGUCAUCAGCCAGAAUUUCUAAUUUAGGAAAAGGAACUGUGACUCACUCUUUCUUAGUCAUUCCAGAAUGCCCUACCCCCCUCCUGGGAUGAGACCUGCUCAGCAAACUGAAGGCCACCAUCUCCUUCAAAGAAGACUCCAUGCAGGUACAAACAGGGGCCGGGACCCUGCUGGUUUCAUUUCCAAUUGUAGAAGAGUACCGCCUCUUCUCAGCAGCAGAUGCCAAAAAGGAACCCCAAGACUCUGGGGAACUCCUAAAAAAAUGGAAAGCCACAAUCCCUGAUGUGUGGGCAGAGACAAACCCCCCCAGGGCUGGCUAAACAUCGGGCACCCAUUGUAGUACAACUGCAAAGUUCUGCCACUCCAAUUCGAAUAAAACAAUACCCAAUCAGCCAAGAGGCCCGGAGUGGAAUCAGCAAACAUAUUGCCCUACUAAAGGCAGCUGGAAUUCUAAUACCCUGCCAGUCUAAUUGGAAUACUCCACUCCUUCUGGUCAAAAAGGCCCAAACUGGUGACAACCGGCCAGUGCAGGAUUUAAGAGAGGUCAAUAAGCGAGUAGAAACCAUCCACCCGACGGUGCCUAACCCAUAUACCUUGCUCAGCUUACUAAAGCCUGAGCACUGUUGGUAUACUGUGUUAGAUUUAAAGGAUGCUUUCUUUUGUCUACCUCUGGCAAAAGAAAGCCAGAAAUUGUUUGCCUUUGAAUGGACUGACCCCGAGAAGGGAGAAAUGGCCAGCUCACGUGGACACGACUCCCACAGGGGUUCAAAAACUCGCCCACCAUCUUUGAUGAGGCUCUAAGCCAAGAUCUACAAGAGUUUCGCCAAACCCAUGACUAGGUAACUCUACUUCUAUAUGUCGAUGAUGUAUUGCUGGCUGCCGCAACCCAGACAGACUGUAAAGCUGCUACAGAAGACUUGCUAAAAACCUUAAGCCAACUGGGCUAUAAGGUUUCUGCCAAAAAGGCCCAGCUGUGUACAAAAAUCGUCACCUACCUGGGGUAUGAGUUAAAGGAUGGCAAUCGAACUUUGUCAAACAGCAGAAUCCAGGCCAUCCAAGCUAUACCCAAACCCACCACCAAAAAGCAGGUACGUGAGUUCCUGGGGCAGUAGGAUACUGCCGCUUGUGGAUCCUGGGCUUUGCAGAAAUAGCCAAACCACUCUAUGCCGCUGCUGGAGGAAAAAGGGCUGAACUAGUAUGGACGGAUGUAGAAGAAAAGGCUUUCCGGGAGCUGAAGACUGCACUGGUAAGAGCUCCGGCCCUAGCCCUUCCUAACCUCGAAAAGCCCUUUCACCUUUUUGUUGCAGAAGCAAAUGGAGUAGCAAAAGGUGUGCUGGUGCAGGCUCUCGGGCCCUGGAAGCGGCCCGUAGCAUAUCUCUCCAAGAGACUCGACCCAGUAGCUGCUGGAUGGCCAAAUUGCCUGAGAGCUAUUGCAGCCACCGCCUUGCUGGUAAAGGAAGCCUCAAAGCUUACUUUUGAUCAAAACCUCGUCAUCACUGCUCCUCACAAUGUAGAACAACUCCUCCGAGCCCCUCCCGACAGAUGGUUCUCAAAUUCCAGAAUCACUCAGUACCAAGUCCUGCUCCUGGACCCACCAUGGGUAAGCUUCAGCCGCACGGCUGCUCUAAACCCUGCUACCCUUUUGCCUGUACCAGACCCAGUCGCUGCCCCGCUGCAUGACUGUGAAGAAGUCUUGGACGCCCUGACUUCCAUAAGACCAGACCUAUCAGAUGUCCCUCUGUCAGACGCAGAGGAAACCUUGUUCACGGAUGGCAGCUGCUUCAUGGAAAACGGAACUCGAAAGUCAGGAGCAGCAGUGGUCACCGAAAAGCAAGUACUUUGGGCACAGGCUCUGGGUCCACAAACUUCUGCUCAAAAGGCUGAACUAAUCGCUUUAACCAAAGCACUAGAGUGGAGCAAAGGAAAAAGGGUGAACAUUUACACGGAUAGUCGGUACGCAUUUGCCACUGUCCACAUUCAUGCAAGUAUCUACAAAGAAAGGGGACUAUUAACCGCAGGAGGGAAGGACAUUAAGCAUGCCACAGAAAUUCUAAACCUCCUCACCGCGAUAUGGGCCGCACAAAGGGUGGCUAUCAUGCAUUGCAGAGGGCACCAAAAAAACUCCUCCCCCAUAUCUAACGGUAACCGGCUAGCUGACCAAGCCGCACGCCAAGUAGCCUGCUCUGAAACCAUCCUGCCCCUGCUGGAACCCUCUAGCAGCCUCGGACCUCCCGAUUACUCACAAGCUGAAGAGGAGUUGGCCCAAAAGUAUAGUGGAAAGACAUCAGCAUCUGGAUGGAUUACCUUGGAAGAUGGCAGAAAAUUGUUGCCCCAAGCCGUGGGGAUAAAAUUAAUUAAACAAAUGCAUGCUAAGCUACACCUCAGUGGGCCAAAAUUGGCAGAGCUCCUACACAAAGUUUAUGUAAUUAAAGGACUGUACCAGCUAACCAGGAGUGAAGCUGCAAGGUGUCCAGCAUGUGCUCAGGUAAAUGCUAACCCUGUCCCAAUCCCUCACCCAGGACAAAGAUAGCGUGGAAAAGCACCAGGAGAGCACUGGGAAGUUGAUUUUACCGAACUUCCACGGGCACCAGGAAACUCCAGGCUUUACAAGCAGUGCACCAGCGAAUCAGAAGCCACGUGCCGUCCAACCAGGCUCCAGCCCGCAACGAGGAGAGCCGAAAACCUCUCUUCAGCCCCGGCAAUCUAGUAUGGGUGAAAAAACUAAGCCCAGGUCAACUGGAACCACGCUGGGAGGGACCAUACCCUGUUGUCCUGAGCACCCCGACUGCAGUAAAAGUUGCAGGAAAGCAACAUUGGAUACACCACACCAGACUAAAGAAGGCGGCCGAAAACGAAAGCAAGACAUGGAAACUGAGUCCCCAGCCCAAAGAAGGCUCGCUCAAGCUAAAGUUUGUUUGUUCCUAAGCCUGGUCGUUACAGGUCUCAGCAGCAUAGAGGCGGCAUCAAAUCCCCAUAAUUCAAAAGAAUAUAUGUGGACUCUUUCUCUCACCCGAAGCGGAGCAAGCCUACAACAAAUCGUAAGCCAGACAUCUAAAGAGGCACCUGUUUUUAAGGUUGAUCUCUGCCAGUUAAUGAACAAAGACUGGAAAGUUGUCUCAAGGGGGGGUUGUACAACCCACGAAGGAAAAGAAAUUCUCGCCUAUACCCCCAUAUAUGGAUGCCCCCGUACUUUUGGGACUAGCACCUACUUACCAACUUGUGGAACUUAUGAAGAUUAUUAUUGUGCAAAGUGGGGAUGUGAGACUAUAGCCGGGUGGUUGCCAGCUUCACAAAAAGACCGCCUCAUUACCGUCAGCCGCAUAUCAUCCACUACCACUAUUCAGAUAGCGGUGCUUCAACCUAACAGCUUUGUUUGGCAAGGGGGUAAGACUUGGGGACUAAGACUUUGGACUUACGGGCAUAAUCCAGGAGCUGAAAUUACCAUACAAAAAACAGAGAUGCCGAGACCCAAAAUUUCUGUGGGCCCUUUAAACCAAGUACCUGUAAUAGCCCCUCGAGCACGUCCCACCCUCACUCGACCACCUCCAACAACCUCUGGGCCAACUCCCCCUCCAAAUACCGCUAAAAUUAGUGACCUAGACGUUCCAAAAAUAGAAGAAAAACCUGUGUUAAAAACACUUGACAUUAUGUUUUCCUUUUUAAAUCAUACUAACCCAAAUGCCACUAAUGGUCCUUAGAACUAAUUAUCAAGCCCUAGCAGACGCGGAAAUUGAAGAAUCAACGAUUUGAUUUACUUAACUAAAAGAGGAGGGAAUGUUAAGGCCUAACAUAGUAAAAUAAUUUGCCUUAAGUUACUCCAUUUUGAAAAGGUUAAAAGCCAUCCUCCAUUUUAAGACAGGAAUGUUAUUUUAAGAACGAGUCACUGUGAGCUUGCAAAGUUCCGCUUGGAAAUGUCAGAAGUUUUGCCAGAACAUCUGGUCCGAGAUAAACUGGGCAGGACAUACCGAACUGCCCACAUCCUUCCUGUUAUCUCAUGCAAACAUUCUUCCCCUCUCCGCGCUCUACCCCCUCGCUUUGCUGGUCUGAAGUGUUUAAAAGGACAGAAAAAUCUUUGCCGGACGCUUCAGUUUUGGACCCUGCGUGGCCAUGCUGUAGCCCAAAUCCGGAUUUGCCUUUUUGUAAUAAAGUUUUGCUUUGUUACUCCGCA